AUGGAUGACAAAUAUGAUACGAAAGAACUGAGGCAGAAAUUAAACUUUUCCUACAGUGAGGAAGAACCUGAGAGCAAAGGACAGAAGAAAGCACAAGAAAGCAGGGAGGCCCAGAACCAAACCCCAAAGAAGGGUAAAGGUCAGGACUUGGAGGCAAAGCUCUUUCUGUCUAGAACUCCCCUUAAAAACCUACGUGAACUCGACAUAUCUGAGGACGAACUUGACAUAUCUGAGGAAGAAGACAAAAGUCCAGAUCAGAUUCUGAAGAAUCUAGUGUCACCGCCUCUCCAAUGUCCUCAGACACCACCCCGACCAAACAAAAGGAGCGUGAUGCUUCACAGUGACCGCCCUUCUACUCCCGAAAACACUCCGAACCCGUUGGUGCUUUCUCCCGUAAAGAAGCGUCCACCCAAAAGCUCUAAGCACUUGAAAAUCACACCUGUUCCCUUUGGGAAUGAGAUGGCUUCAUUGGCUCUGGUCAAUAUCAAUCCCUUCACCCCAGAGUCCGAUAGAAAGUUAUUCCUUCAAUCCAGUGGCAAGAGGAAAAUCCAAGGAGAUCUUGAGGAAGCUGGUCUAGAGGAAGCCCAAGGGCCGUCUCCCAAGAGAUGUGUUCUACGAGAAACCAACAUGGCUUCCCGCUAUCAAAAAGAAUUCUUGGAGGUAGAAAAAAUUGGGGUUGGAGAAUUUGGUAUAGUCUACAAGUGCAUAAAGAGGCUGGAUGGAUGUGUUUAUGCAAUAAAGCGCUCUAUGAAAUCUUUCACAGAGUUAUCAAAUGAGACUUUGGCUUUGCAUGAAGUUUAUGCUCAUGCAGUUCUCGGGCAUCACCCCCACGUGGUGCGCUACUACUCCUCGUGGGCAGAAAAUGACCACAUGAUCAUUCAGAAUGAAUACUGCAAUGGUGGCAGCUUGCAAGCUGCUAUAGCUGAAAACACUAAGUCUGGUAAUCAUUUCCCAGAGCCCAAACUCAAGGAUAUCCUUCUACAGAUUUCCUUUGGACUUAAGUAUAUCCACAAUGCUGGCAUGGUGCACAUGGACAUCAAACCCAGUAACAUCUUCAUUUGCCACAGGAUGCAAAGUGAGUCCCUUGGAGUCUUAGACGAAGUUGAAAAUGAAGCUGAUUGGUUUCUCUCUGCCAAUGUGAUAUAUAAAAUCGGUAACCUGGGUCAUGUGACAUCAAUAAGCAAACCCAAAGUAGAAGAAGGAGACAGUCGCUUCCUGGCUGAUGAGAUUGUGCAAAAGGAUUACCAGAACCUUCCCAAAGCAGAUAUAUUUGCCUUGGGAUUAACAAUUGCAGUGGCUGCUGGAGCAGAGUCAUUACCUGCCAAUGGUGCUGCAUGGCACUGCAUCCGAGAGGGUAACUUUUCCGCCAUUCCUCAGGAGCUCUCAGAAGACUUUGACAGUCUCCUCAAGAGUAUGAUCCACCCUAAUCCAGGAGAGAGACCUUCUGCAGCAGCUCUGGCCAGAAAUCGAGUUCUACGCCCCUCCCUAGGGAAAGCUGAGGAGCUCCGGAAGCAGCUGAAUUUGGAAAAGUACAAGACGGCCACACUGGAAAGGAAACUGAGAGAAGCCCGGCAGGCCCAGUUCCCACAGGGAUACCCUGGGGUCGCUGAGACCCACGCACGAUCAGGAAGCAGGAAACACUUGGCGGGAAGAAAGAGUGAAAAAAAGUCUUCAAGCGUUAACCUGGGGUGA